UUCACAACUUUGGCUGAUAAGAGAAUUGCAGAGAAGCAAAAGAAGAAGAUGAUAAACCCAAUUGACAAUAUACCAAAAUUCAAAACGCGGCGUAGAAGUCCUGUCACUAGACGCCGCUCUGACUUCUCUUCUUUCUUUACUUGUUCCUCCUCCUCUGCUUCUGGCUCCAAUUUAGGUUCCUUUAGACAUGGCUUGUUUAGUAUAACUAUGACUGGUUUGGAUGACACAGAGGAUGAGGAAAAAACACUGCCUGAGCUCCCUCAACUGAGCUGCAGAAUGUUUGCAGAUAAAAAGUCAAAACCAUUAGCUGAUUUUUAUGAAACUCCAGUUAUAGGAGUUGAAUCAGUUGCCCAAAAUACAAUUGUUGAUCACAGUGGAGACAGUAAUCAGAGAAGAACUGCGGCAAUGGAACCUACACCCGAAAUAUCACGAAUUACAGAAAGCAAUGGUAUUUGUGCAACUCCGGGAAAUGUUGUAUGGGCUAAAACGGAUCAGCAAAUGUGGUGGCCUGCUGAAGUAAUUGGAGAAACAUCCUCUAUAUCUGAUUCAAGAAGUCAAGGCAUUGAUGGCCAUGUUCUAGUACAGUUCUAUGGGGAUCAUGGAACGGCUUGGGUUGAUCCAGCCAGAGAUAUUUCACAGCUUGAGUAUUGCUUUGAAGAAAGAAGCUGCAACACUACGGACAAAUUUCAAGAUGCUUUGAAAAAAGCGUUAGAAAGGAAGGAAGAUAUAAGUUCGCAUGGACAAUUACUCGGAUGCUCUGAUGGAUCUAAGCAAACUUGUCAGCAAAAUCAGUCAUCUGGUAAACGGACAUCAUCAAUUUCAAGUAGAACAGAAAGUGAUUACAUUGGAAGAAGAAAGAGCAAGAGGAAAGAGAAGUUUAAAAUUUGUUAUGAUGAAGUUGCAUUUCCUCCAACAGCUGCCAGGAAGGUGCGGAGGUUCAGGAUUAUGCGAUACCUUGGCCUUAUAGCUCCUACUGGUUCUCCUUUUUGACACCUCCAAGAAUUGCAUCCUUGAAGCACCCUAGACAUCAGAUUUUAAUUUUUGUACUAUUUUUGCACCUUCUUAAAAAUAUCACUAUAUAAGCCUUUUAUUUCUGUUUUGUAAAUGUGAGCAGACUGUUAGGUCAGUCAUUUGGCUAUUAGGAAUGUAACACUCAACUCAGCGUACUAGAAAUGUAAAUAUGCAUAGCAUGGCACAAUUGCAAAAAGGGCAAAUAGAAAAGUGGUCUAAUGUUAACCAGAA